AUGUGUUUCCCCGUCAGAAGCGCAGGUGGCAGCAGUGCAUCUGCAGACUCCUGCGCGCGAUGGAGAAGAAGCGCGUGGAAUAUUUCAAUUCUUCUCAUGUCAGGCGCCCACCCAGUGAACUUGACAACCAUUAAUAUUACAGUGAAGGACAAGCCAAAAACCUCGUACAGUUAUUUGACCUGUUGCUUCACAUAAUAACGGAUACAUCUCGCCGGAUCAUGCAUCCUAUAGAAGUGUCAAUCCCGUCUUUUCGGUCGGAGGGCAGUAACGUGGAGAAGGGCUACACGGUUUUUAAGAUCGAGGUGCUCAUGUGUGGUAGACAGCACACUGUCGAGAAGCGAUACAGUGAAUUCCACGCGCUGCAUAAGAUGCUCAAAAAGGUCAUUAAACCUCCAGAAAUCCCUUCGAAGCAUGUGAGGAACUGGGUUCCCAAGGUUCUCGAUCAGAGGAGACAUGGACUCGAGCUCUACCUCCAGACUGUGCUCAUGGAAAAUGAGGUUCUUCCAAAGAUAUUCUUGGAUUUCCUCAAUAUCCGCCAUUUCCCGUCACUGCCAAAAACUGAGAGUUGUGGAUCAUUUGAAACUGAAUCAGAGGAAUCAAGUAAACUGUCACAUCAACCAGCACUUCUCUUCCUGAGGGAUCCCUAUCUGCUGCCUAGCACCAACGAUACGUUUUCUAAUAUGGUUAUCGAAGGUGUGAUACGUGGAAUAUUUUACCCAGACUUACAGCCGAGGUAGAUCUCAGCACUACGGACGACGUCGCAUCGAGUUCUCCGAUAAAAAGGGAUUCGUAUUACCAACACUAAGUCACGCGGCUCCACUCAUGACCGUCUGUGAAAAGACUGCAGUUUGGCAUCAGCACUCACUCCAUGAGUUUCUGGUUUGUUUUUGUGUUCUGUAUUUGCACGCAUUGAGAUUUUAGUUUCAUUUUAUAGCAGAGGUACUUCUGCACAUAUUUGCACAUCUCUCCUCGUGUCAUAUAUGAGGUCAGGAGGACGUCUGAUCCACUGACUCCACGUGAGGUGACUUCUCAAAUAAGGAAGUUGUUGGAAGAGCCUUGAACCUUUUCAUUAUCUACCGAAUUAUUGUAUGAACAUUAGUGUUUCUUGUUUUUGAUGUUGCAAUUUUUCGAUUACCAGCUUUGGCUUAUAAUUAGCAAAAAGGGAAGUACUGAAAGAAGCAAACGGGUGUAAUGCCAGUCUUAAUGUCUUGUAUCAUGUUACAGCCCAAAACUGUGAAAAAGAGCUGUUGUUUAAAGUACCAAACACUGCUAACCUGCAGCUACGAAACCAUUUCCAGUGGAUUCUCUUCUUUAAAAUGCAGUUUAGUCUGGACUAAUAUUAGGCUUAUGUUUUUAGGAACAUCACUGUGUAGUAAAGAGUGCAUGAACACUAGCUUUUCACUACUGUUGGAAGUAGUAAUAGAGAAGAUAAUGCCGAUUGAGAAUGUUAUAAAGCUGAUGGUUCUAGAGCUGAAUUCCGUGCCAUUCGGUUGUGUGUGUUUUAUUGUUGACAUUUUGGAUUGACUCGUGCACUUUAACAAGGGUGAAAAGAUCAGUUGUAACUGGAUAUCAUUUUAAACCUGAGCGCAAUAAAACAUCACAUUUAUCAGUAA